AACAAAUAAUUUGAGCAGGGGUUUUAUGUUACUGAAAGUAGCGGUGUUGUGCUGCCUUACAUUUGCUGUAACAUCCAAGAAAGCAAGCAAAAGUGAGCUGGUUCAAAUAAAAGAUUUAAAAGACUGGAAAAAAGAGCUCCGAACAAAGAAAAAUGUUCUUGCACUUUUUACAAAGGACAGUAAGCAGUCCAGUCAGUUAUUGAAGGUGCUUGACAGCGUGUCUAUAAAGAUGAAAGGAAGAGCAACGGUGAUCAGUGUCGACUGCACUGAGGCUGCCAAAAUGUGUAAAAAGCUCAAGAUGUCACCAAAGCCUUACCUUCUCAACCAUUACAACAACGGAGAAUUCAACAAGGAGUACGACAGAAAACAGACAGAGGAGUCUAUGGUGUUGUUCUUACAAGAUCCGAUGGGAGACGUUCCUUGGUCUGAAGAGGAAGCUUCUAAAGAUGUAAUGCACCUCGAUUAUCAAUCCUUCAAACGGUUACUGAGAAAGACAGAGCUGCCCAUAUUGACCAUGUUCUAUGCACCUUGGUGUGGACAUUGUAAACGAAUGAAGCCUGAGUUUAACGGAGCUGCUACUGCUAUGAAAGGACGUGCACUGCUGGUAGGUGUUAACUCGGACGGUUCACAAGGAACAGGUCCAUCUCAAGAGUACAACGUGUCCAGCUUCCCUACUAUACUAUACUUUGAGAAGGGAACUUUCAAAUACAAGUUUACUGGACAGAGGACUAAAGAUGGUAUGAUAUCAUGGUUGGAGAACCCGACCGAGGAUGUUAAAGAGGCAGAAACAAAGGAGGAGACUACUUGGGCUGAGGAGGAUGAGAGCCCUGUGGCUCAUCUUACUACGGACACUUUUAAACCUUUCAUAGCUGAACAUAAAAGUGUUUUGGUGAUGUUUUACGCGCCAUGGUGCGGGCACUGUAAAUCCAUGAAACCAGAAUACAGUAAAUCAGCAAUAAGAAUGGAUGAGGAGGGUGUUGAAGGGAAGUUGGCAGCUGUUGAUGUGACGACCAACAGGCCACUGGGAGAAGAGUUUGGGGUUAAGAGUUUCCCGACAGUUGUGUACUUCAAGAACGGAAACAAAACAUUCGAACAUCCUGGAUUGAGAAAAGAACCGGAUAUCAUGAAGUUUAUGAAGGAUCCUAAGGAACCGCCUCCGCCCUCACCCGAGGAGGCCUCUUGGAGUGAACAGGAGAGUUCAGUGGAACAUUUCACUACCACUGAUUUCGAGAAAGCAGUAAAAAGGAAGAAACACAGUCUGAUCAUGUUCUACGCUCCAUGGUGUGGGCAUUGUAAGACAGCUAAACCCGAGUUUACAGGAGCAGCUGAACAGCUCGCUGACAAUAAUAAGGUAAUGCUGGGAGCAGUUGACUGCACCGCCGCCCCCAACAAGGAAGUCUGUGCCAAGUAUGGUGUGAAAGGUUUCCCAACUUUAGUGUACCUCAGUUACGGUGCUAUGCCGCACAAGUACUCUGGGGGCCGGGACCAGGCUGCUUUUGUCAAGUCGAUGUCGAGCGAUGAUCCCAGUGCGGGUAUGACACCCUUAGAGGCACCAAGUGGUGACAAGGGUAAGGUGGUGUGGGGAGGUGAAGAUGUGACCCAUGUAGCUACUGCUGACCAUGAUACUUUUAUAGCUGGGGGUAGCCCUGCUUUCAUGCUUUAUUACAAAAAGGGAUGUAGCACGUGCAAAUCGGUACAGGACGCCUUCUCAGCGGCCAGCAAGCUCCUUAAAUACCAUUCCAUCACAUUCUCCGCGUUCCAGUGUCCACCACGAUCUCAUAAUCCGCAUUGUUCUGGCAAUGAGCCACGAAUUGUGGUUUAUUACAGUGCAAGUAGGCACGUUGUGUACAAGCAUUCUACUGUUAGUUCCAGGGACAUGGUUAAUUUCAUCAAUGCGGCUAAAGAUGAAUUGUAGUUUGAGAUUUGCAGCUUUGCAUUCUUUCAGUUUAUUUUCGGGUUUUUUCCUAUUUUUAAUUUUUCAAGUCCAGCUAGUUCCCAAACUAAACAUGAUUAGCUUUAAAGUUUUCUAUUUCUAGAGAUAUAACUUUAUGACUUUGUAGACCGUUAAAGAUAGUUUUUAUUAUCAGAUCUUUAUGUUAAGAGUCCUAUUAUUACGAUUAUUAUUUUGUAUCGUUACAUAUUGUAGUGUAUAACGUACAUUUUAGUCAUUUGCAUGUCCAUAGAA